GUUCACGAAUUCAUAAAACGGCAGGACCAACGGCGCCCGGCAGCUAUUUCACACCUCGCUACGAAUGGGUCUGAAGGGAAAGAAAUUUGAAAAGCUUGAAGCUGGCCCGCGGCCAGGUUUGCAGAAUUUGCACUUCAAUCUAGGCAGCCAAAAGAGUGCAAUCGCAUGGCGCUCUCCAUCAGCAAAAGCCUGGUCCACUCUCCAUUGCUUGCUCCCGUCCAGUUCCCCAGCAAGCAAGGCAGCCAAGAACGCCCCGUCAGCGAUGCUGCAUUCACGCGCCCAUCUCGCAGGAAUAGGAAAUGCAAUUGCUGUCAAGCAAAGCCUACAGAGCAAGAUUGGUUCUCACUUGAACCUUUCUUGGGCAGCCUCUCGCGGCUGCAGGCGCCCUUGACGAGCCCACGUAGAUUUUCCCCAGAUGCCAGCAAACAUCAAAGCAGGCAGGCAGCCGCACGGGCGAGCAGCAGUGCCAAGGUCAGCACAAGUGGCAGUAGUGGAAGCGCAGCUCCCCAGAGCUUGCAGGAGCAGAAAGCGGCAAUACUCAAGGUGGUGGCAAACACAAACAGGGGCAAAAACACCACCGCGUGGCAGCGGAGGCAGAUCCUCGACCUUAUAGAGAGCGUCGAGCCUCAAAACCCAACUCCAGACCCGAUCAGGUCUCCCCUCAUCUCUGGCACGUGGUCCUUACUCUACACUGCGUCGACAAAAGAGGAGUUCACAUAUGCGGGUACCGAAGAGGGUCCGUUUCUUGCGCGCGUAAAACCGGCGGCGUUCGGGCAGGUGCGGUCCAAAGGCAGCACGCAGAUCAUCCAAUCAGAUACGGGACACGUGGACAACAUUGCUGAGUUCUCCGUUUUCGGCAAACCCGGUUCGCUGACCAUCACCGGUAGUUUUGUCCCGGCCGCGCCUCUUCCGGACCGGGGAGCCGUCCGAAUUGACGUCCGCUUCGAAAGCUUCAGACUCAAACUGGGCUGGAUAAGUCUCCGGGUGCCCCUCGGGUGGGUUAAUCCAACCGGGUGGAUUGACACCACAUACUUGGACUCCGAGCUCCGGAUAGGAAGGGGCGAUAAGGGCUCCGUUUUCGUGACUGUACGGCGAAAGUGAGUCCUUGGGCUAGUGCUAAAUGUGUUGGCCUGUCGUUUAAGCUCAGGGCCUCGACCUGAAUAGUAUAAGUUAGGUCUGUCUCAUAGUUCGUUGACGUGCAGAGUGUGCGUGGCUGAGGUUCACUAGUUGGUCACGGUUGCUAAAACAGACUGUGUUGUUGGCUAGCCUGGGCGUUGCGUGCAGAACUGCGUUGGACAGUCGUGUUUGUUCUUACAGAAUGGCAAAUCUUAGUUUGUUUGUACAUAGAUGGAUCACGACUUUUUGCAAUUGUAGCACAGGAACGAUCCAGCAGCUGGCCCUAAGGUUCGGCUGUAGCCAACUCCACGCUUUCCUUUUGACAACGUCACUGCUUUUUGUGGACGAAGUGAGUCUGGGUCGCUCCAUCGGGUGAAUCGGAUUUGGGGCAGAUUCAUACUUCUACACACAUAUCUUCUUUAAUUUACGGUUAUCAAAGUUAAGUUUCAAGAUGGCCCUAGAAAGAUUGGAUAAUUUGAUUGUCGGGCAGAACACGG